AUGAGGCCAGGGACAGGUCAGGUGGGCUCUGAGGCCCCCUGGGGGCAGAGCCCUGGCCCCAAGCCAUGCUGGCCCCUGCUGCUGCUGGGCUUGGCUGUGGGUGCCCAUGGUCGGCUGCCCCCGGUGACAGUAGCCCCACCGAACAGCACCCCAGACCCUGGAGCCCCAGCAGGAAGCAGCUCUCGGAGCCUGUGGGACAGGUUCCUGUUCUGGCCUGGCCCCCGGGGGGCAGGCCCCAGGUGCUGGCCCGGUGGGUUUUGGCCCGAAACUCAGUCACCCUGGUUUGUUUUCAGUGAAGGAACCCAGCUCACCGUCCUAGGUCAGCCCAAGUCUGCGCCCUUGGUCAUGCUCUUCCUGUCAUUCUCUGAGGAACUCAGCACCAACAAAGCCACCCUGGUGUGCCUCAUCAGUGACUUCUACCCCAGCAGCUUGAAGGUGGCCUGGAAGGUAGACGGCAGCAAUGUCACCCAGGGCGUGGAGACCACCAAGCCCUCCAAACAGAGCAACAACAAGUACGCGGCCAGCAGCUACCUGAGCCUGUCGCCUGACAAGUGGAAAUCAUACAGCAGCGUCAGCUGCCUGGUCACACAUGAGGGGAGCACUGUGGAGAAGAAGGUGGUCCCCGCAGAGUGCUCUUAG